AUGGGAAACGGAAGCUCGUCACCCGUGAAAGACGAUGGACUUCGUUACGACAGCAGCGACGAGGGCGCGAUCGAAGGCCGCAAACACAGUGGCUUUCGCGUCCUCGGCAUCCAAGAGCAGUCUCCUGCGUCCGCGGUCGGCUUCGUGAGCUUCUUCGACUUCAUUCUGGAGGCCAACGGUAUUCGACUUGACACUCGGGACGCAACCUUCAUGGAGCUACUUGCCCAGAGUGAAGACCGUCCUAUGCGGCUUCAAGUGUAUAAUGCCAAGACGCAGGCCACGAGAGAGUUGGAAUUAACACCUAGUCGAAAGUGGCCAGGUAAAGGCUUGAUCGGUGUAACCAUCCGGUUUGACUCUUACGAAGGCGUGGAAGACCAACUAGUACAUGUGCUGAAUGUGGUCGAGUCGUCACCAGCAGAACGUGCGGGACUCCGAGCGGGUUCUGACUAUCUGCUGGGGACGCCCGACCGCGUCUUUACGGAUGCAGAGGAUCUACACGAUGAGAUUGUCGAUGCGCUAGAUGGGUCGUUCCAAUGCUAUGUGUACAACGCCGUCGAUGAUCAGGUUCGCAUCGUGACGAUCGUGCCGACCGAGAGCUGGGGAGGUGACGGCGUGCUUGGUGCUGAGGUGGAUCAUGGCUACCUGCAUCGACUGCCAUCCGCAUGCCGGAAUACCAUCGGCUCGUCAGUGGGUUUUGUCAAUCUCCCUAAAGGCGCAAGGGCUGCAACAGAUGCAUUUUUGAGGCCAGACCAAUAUCGUAACGAGUGCCAAGGUAAUAGCGAAGCUCACGAAGAAAAAAGGCCCCAGGACUCCGAACCGGAUUCAAUGGCACGUGGGAAUCGCCAAGCAUGUUCUCCGAUACGCAAGGUGAAUCGAAACACAGCAGCUGAGCAGCCUCUUCCGGAAGGCGAUGGCAAAGAAUCUGUGUCAGUCGUCACCGAUGCAAAGACCGUGCCGCUAGCAGGGCCUCGAUAUAUAGUGCGCUCGGAUCUUCAGUUUCCUAUCUCAACUGUCGCCGUACUUGCUGACCCAUAA